AUGGCUGCUGGUAUCCCGAACGGCAGCGCUACUGCACCUAUUGAGGUCCCCUCAUCCCAGCCUACCGUCGUCGGCAUCAACUUCGGCAACGCCUACGCGUCGAUCGCGGUCCUGAACAAGGAGGGUCAGGCCGAGUGUAUCGCCAAUGAGGACGGCGAGCGCCAGAUUGCAUGCGCCAUCUCUUUCAAUGGCGAAGAGCUGCAUCUCGGAAACCAUGCCAAGCAGCAGCUCGUCAAAAACGCGGACAACACCAUCACUGGUUUUCGCAACCUUCUCGGCAAAAAGUUCUCUGAACUACCCAAGGACGCGCCGAGCACGUCGGCUGCGGUGGUCCAGCACCCCGAACAGCCCGAUGUCCCUGCAUACCGCGUUCAGGUCUUGCAGCCGGCACCUUCCCCUCUGCCUCCCAGCUCGAAGAUCAACACCCCGGCUGCGUCAAUUGCACCGACUCCUCGUAACGAGCCUACGCCUGUCGAGCGUAUUCUCACUCCGUCUGAGGUCACUUCGAUCUUCCUUAAGUCUCUUCUCAAGUCAGCGGAAGAUUUCUUGGGUCGCAAGGCGGAUGGCGUUGUCAUCAGCGUCCCUCACUGGUUCGAGGAGACGCAGCGCGAGGCACUGAAGGCUGCUGCUGCCGACGCCGAGAUCAAGGUCUUGCAGCUGCUCGAGGAUGCAGGUGCUGCAGCCGUCACCGCUUCGACCAACCCAGGCUCUGAGAACCUUCCCGCGGACCGUACCGCUCUCGUCGUCGACCUUGGCGCCUCGUCUCUGAGCCUCACCCUUAUCCAAAUCUCUGACGGUCUCUUCGUACCGCUCGCGGAGACAUCCGAGACGGGCACCGGCGGUGACGCUAUCGACGACCGCGUUAUCAAGCAUUUCGCGAAGGAGUUCACCAAGAAGACCAAGGCGCCGUUGGCUGUCGUGCCCAGCAAGGAGAAGGGCGACGUCCGUGCUGAGGCGAAGCUUCGUCUUGCCCUCGAGCACACGAAGCGUACCGUCAGUGCCAGCGCCGGUGCCGCGACGUGCUCCGUCGAGUCGCUGAAGGAUGGUCUCGACUUCACAGGCGCGAUCAACCGCAUGCGCUUCGACAUGGAGGCCCGCCCGAUCUACUCGAAGGCUUUCGACUCAGCGACCAAGUUGCUGGAGAGUGCUGGCCGCGACUGGCUCAACGUCGACGAGAUCAUCUACGUCGGUGGCUCGGCCAGCUUGCCGGGUCUGGACGACGCGCUCGCGGCUGGCUAUAGCGACGAUACGUUCACGCCGUUCAAGGCCGGUACCGUCCAGGGUGGUGGCGCCGGCGAUCCCACCACCGUGAUCGCUCGUGGCUGCGCUCUCCAGGCGGCCCUGCUCGCCUCGCUUGGCGACGACGUCGUCAAGGCAGCGUUCGCGAACAGCAGCGCGAAGACGCUCGAGAAGACGCUCGCGCUCGUCUUCCCCGGAUCAGAAGAGGUCGUGCCGGUUCUGCCGCGCGGCUCUGCGCUGCCCGCGCGUCGCCGCGUCGCAGUUGAGGCCCAGGUCUCUGGCGGCCGCCUUGGUGUUGAGCUUUGGGAGGCGAAGGAGGGCAUCAAGGUUGACCUCAUCACACCGCCGAAACCGGAACUCGAUGAGGGCGAGGAGGAGGACGAUUAUGAGGAGGACCCGGAGGAGGUCAAGGAGAAGACGAUCGAGAAGGAGACGCUCCUGAGCGCCGUUGAGGUGAAGACGUCCAAGACCGGCAAGCCCAGGCUGGAGAUAUACGUUGAAGUUGGCGAAGAUGGCAAGCCGACGUUUAGGGCCGGUGUAGCGGGCGAGCAGUAG